GAUCGCACAGCUCUCGUCCACUUUCUCUCUCUCUCUCUCUCUCUCUGUGUCUUUAUCCCUCUCACUCUCUCUUCUGCUGUCUUUUAUCUCUCUUUUUCUCUCUCUUUCUCUCUUUCUGUCCUUCCACUUCUCUCUCCAGCCGCCAGAAGCUUGCAGGCUCGCCGCUCUUCCUCCAACUACUGAGGAUUCAGAAGCACUCGGGACGAAAGACCCUGUCACUGGAGCCAAGAUGGCAAUGAGCAGCAUCCUCAACUCUGACGACAUCAAGAAAGCUCUAGAUGCAUUCGCAGUUGCUGGCUCCUUUGACCAUAAGAAGUUUUUCGAGAUGGUCGGUCUGAGGGCCAAGUCUGCUGACGAAGUGAAGAAGGUCUUCGCGACGCUGGACGCCGACAACAGCGGCUAUAUAGAGGAAGAGGAGCUCAAAUUCGUCCUGAAGGGUUUUGCCAAAGAUGGCAGGGACCUGACAGACAAGGAAACCAAAGACUUUUUAACAGCGGCCGACAAGGAUGGCGACGGCAAGAUUGGAAUCGAUGAGUUUACCACCCUGGUGAAAGAAUAAAUAGUCACCCAGUGUGACUGAUUAGCACUCCCACGAUCACUACCCAACCACCGCUACAUCCCGUCAUCCGCUGGCCUCUCGUCCCUCCCCAAGACCUACACCUCACCACCCCACCCCGACUCCCCAGCUCACCAGACUGCAGCCGAUUCCUGCUACACACACUCCUCUUCCUCAACCACUCCCCCACUGCUGUCUUCGCUAAGUGCAAAAUGCUGCACUAUAGGAAGUAAGCUGUGGUGUGCCACCCUCCUUUAACCACAUACACACACCCUCAAAUGUCCCCACAGCUAUUAAUCCUAUUUAUUUUAUCCUUUUUAUACAAACUGUUCUCGUUUCUGUUUAUGUAUAGAUAUAAAACAUGCCUGCAGGAAUAAACAUUUUAAUGCAUAAAGUAGAUAUUUAAAGAAAAUAGAGAUUAUAAGAGGAAGAACCCAAAUGUCCUUCUGUAUUUCUGACUUUACCCUCUUUCUUUUCUUAGCCAACACUUCCUCUCACUUUACCCCGUAAUUUCUUUCUCCCUUUUUCUGUUUUCUUCUUCUUCUCUCUGUCGAUUUCACUCCUGGCACUGUUCCCUUCCUGCAUUUGCUCCCCUCUCUUCCUCCCACACCCAUCAUCCCAUCCAUCCAUCUAUCUAUCUAUCCAUCCCUUUCUCCUCUGGUAAUGACCUGUUGUAAAACAUACCAAAAGAAGAAAGAGGUCAAGCUGUGAAAGAAUACAAUAAAAUGAGAAAAAACAAAGCCUCGAGAACACUGA